GUGUGCUAUAAAAAUGGCUUUUUGGGUGAAAAAUUAGCUACCCAGCGGACUUCAUUUUUACUCUUUACUUCAUCCUUGACCUCUGGCUGUUGAUUUUCUCUCCCCAGACCACCGAAAGAUCUCUGCAGCAUCUAUACACAAUUUACAGAACCGGAUUUUCCUCCUCAUUUUUUGCUUCUUCUAUUUUAAACUCGAAGUCUCAAAUUCGUGCCACCUACCAAUCGAAGCUUGCUUGGCCAAUGUUCAUUCAUCUACAAUUUGUCGGGUUUCUUACAGCUAUUAAACAAGCAUUGCUUCCAGUCAUGGGAUGUGUGAAUUUCUGAAACCUGUUGGCAAGGUCCUGCAUUACUCUUUCCUGUCUAUCUUCUCAAGAUACUUAAGAGUUAGAGUUCUUUAGAUCUCAAUUAUACCAGGGGUCAACUUUUCUUUCGUUCAAUCCUUGGCCAUCGCCUGAGCUUCCAGUUUGAGAAGUUCAUUAGGGCUUCCUCAGGAGCAGCCUAAAUCUAUUUUUGGAUGGGGCAUUCUGCAGCUGUAUGGGACUAUAGAGAAGCAAUUAAGAUUUCUAAGGACUCAAAUGGAAUUGAUCAAAUUCUGCUUCAAAACCCUCAAGGUGCUUCGGCACAGGUGAGCUUGCAUGGAGGACAGGUCACUUCAUGGAAGAAUGAGCAAGGGGAAGAACUCCUAUUCUCCAGCAGCAAGGCAACUUGCAAAGCUCCAAAACCAAUGCGAGGAGGUAUCCCAAUUUGUUUUCCACAGUUUGGGAACUGUGGAUCACCAGAGCUACAUGGAUUUGCAAGAAACAAAAUGUGGACAUUUGAUGAUAAUCCUCCUCCGCUGCCUGCAAAUGAUUCCAAUGGGAAAUCCUUUGUUGACCUACUACUCAAAUCAUCAGAAGAGUAUGUGAAAUGCUGGCCACAUGGUUUUGAGUUUCGUCUUCGGGUGGCUCUUUUGUUGAAUGGAGAUCUGAUGUUGAUAUCACGAGUUAGGAAUGUCAACAGCAAGCCAUUUAGUUUUUCAUUUGCAUACCAUACAUACUUGCUGGUUUCUGACAUCAGUGAGGUGAGGAUAGAAGGUCUGGAGACACUUGACUACUUGGACUACCUUUCCCAAAAGGAACGCUUUACAGAACAGGGAGAUGCAAUAACAUUUGAGUCUGAGGUGGAUCGAGUUUAUCUUAGCUCUCCAAAUGUAAUUGCUGUCCUGGAUCAUGAGAGGAAGCGGACAUAUGUUAUAAGAAAGGAAGGUCUCCCUGAUGUUGCUGUGUGGAAUCCAUGGGAGAAGAAAUCAAAAUCAAUGGUGGACUUUGGCGAUGAGGAGUAUAAGCAGAUGCUUUGUGUUGAUGGGGCAUUUAUAGAGAAACCAAUCAAUCUGAAGCCACGUGAGGAAUGGACAGGGCGGUUGCAGCUCUCGGUCGUGCCAUCGAGCUUUUGUAGUGAGCGCCUCGGUCUUGACAGAAGUGGUCUUUGAGAACUUUGUACAAAAUCUUGCCACAAAGCUGUCUCGGUUUUAAGUUAAAAGUAGUAUUAAGUUGUACAAAGAGCCCUUUUAGGAGUUGAUGAGGUUGUAUUCUGUAAUAUCUUUAGGCUUCCAAUAAAAAAGCCUUAUUCCUCUGAAUGGCUGUCAAUUUUCUUCCUAUUUGUAUGCUUUGUGGACUCCUGAAGCCUGAAGGUCUACCUAUGGUGGCAUCCAUAUUUAUGUGAUCAAUGCAUGCCUAUUUAUGGAGCACUGGAUUUUCUGCCA